AUGACUCUUGAAGUUGCAGAUGAGUGCACCGAAAAAGAAAUCGAUGUUGAAAAACUCAUUGACGAACUGAGGACGUCAGCCCAACAUCAGACAAACCAAACGGAUAUUCGUUUAGUGGAGAGAAACUGGCAAAGGUUUUCGUUCAUUCUAGAUCAAUACCAAGAGCAACUACAUUUGAUCGAUUCACACCUCGAUGGACUACUCACUAAAAUCAUCAACAUCAUUCGAGAGGAAGUGCUGGAUUAUGAGGUGAAACAUGUGGCCUUCCGAUGCCUCUACUUUAUAUCGAAAGUCAGGGGCUACAAAGUUGUAGCAAGACAUCUUCCUCAUGAGACUGCCGAUCUGGAGCCUUUGCUACAUUACUUGGAAAACCAAGACCAUGGUGUGCAACUAAAAUGGGAGACUCAUUACAGCUUGUUUCUCUGGCUCAGCAUUGUAGUUAAAAUCCCAUUCCACCUUCAGCGAUUUGACACCAGCACUUCAGAGCCAAUCAUGGAAAGAAUUCUGAAUGUCUGUAAGAAAUACCUGGCUGGGACAACAAAAGCUCAGGACAUGGCCUUUUAUGUAUCGGCAAUCUAUCUUACAAGGCCUGAUGUCAAAGAUUCCUAUCUACCAGGAUUCAUCAAUUGGGCUCAUGAGGUUCUUACCAAAGAUAGUGCUCAGUUCAAAAAAGGAGUUCUUUCAACGUUGGCCGGCGUAUUCAAACAUGGGCAAAGAGAACAAAUGAUGGAGCAUGCACAUGCUGUGCUGCUUAAGAAACCGUUGGUGAAGCUGACGCAGCGAAUAGGUUUGAUAUUCUUGAAACCUCGAGUUGCCUCUUGGAGAUACCAGCGGGGCAGCAGAUCAUUAGCUGCCAAUCUGCAACAGAGCCAACCCGUUGAGACUAAAGCAGCUAUUUCGGUGAAUGAUGAAGAUGACCACGAUUACGACGUGCCGGAAGAAAUCGAAGAAGUACUUAACGAGAUCCUGCAAGCCCUCCGAGACAAGAACCGUGAAGUCCAGUACUCUGCAGCAAAAGGCAUUGGGCGGCUGACCAGUCGCUUAUCAAAGAACUUUGCCGACCAGUCGGAUAUGGCCUGGCACGGAGGAUGUUUGGCUUUGGCCGAAUUAGCCCGUCGUGGAUUGCUGUUGCCCCAGCGAUUGUCUUCUGUUUUGUCUUUUGUGGAGCAGGCCAUGCUGUACGAUGAGUUACGCGGUAACUUUUCCGUUGGCUCGGCUGUACGUGAUGCCGCUUGUUACCUCUGCUGGGCCCGAUCCUACGACCCGUCUCUGCUCCAGCCAUUCGUCCAUCAGUUGGCUAAAGCCCUAGUCAUCACCACCGUGUUCGAUCUUCGCUUACGUAAAAAUGCCUACCUCCAACUCAGUCUUUUCGUGGCGCAAUACGAAGAGUACCGGCCGCAACUCAUCCAGCAUUUAGUGGAUCGUAAAGCCAUCCAUUGGGACACGGUUAUUCGACAGCUAACAUCUCAGGCCUUGCAUCAAAUGACGUUCCUCGAUCCGGAGAGUAUGAAACUGAUUCUUUCUACUCAGAUCCUUCCUCGCUGCACAAAUCCUGAACUUUAUUUACGGCACGGAAGCAUUUUGGCCAGUGGCAAAGUCAUCAGCGCUCUUUGUCAAGUGGCAAAAGACCAUCAACGUCGUCUGCCAGAUGAACUUGGUGAUGCCGCGAUGGAAUCCAUUACCCAAACUUGUAUCGACAUCCUGGAGGAGCGUUUCUGGCGGAACGCUGUAGUCGACCGUUGGUUGAAGGCGUUACGAGAGUGUCUCGCUUCAGCCGAUUCAAAUGUCCAGCAAUCGGCCAUCAGCGCCGUCACCGCUUUGAUUGGCGAAUACUUCCGGCAUCAGCCAGUGGAGAAACUCACUGCCUUGUUGAACCAUUUCCUACCCGAGGUGACGAGCAACAACCAACAGGCGAGAGUAGGAAACGCACUAGCCCUGGGCUCAAUGCCUCGCUUCCUCCUCACCGUUUCCUUGCAGAAAGUCAUCCAACUUUUGUGCACCUGCGCUCUCAUCACCGACAAGACUCUCCAAUGGGCCGAAUCUCGAAAAAAAUGCUCUGACAGCUCUUUCGCUCGUGGGGUUGAUCAAGUGACACUGGCCGGAAUAUUCCGCACAUUCAUCGAUGGCUUUGAAGAUUACACGGUGGAUAGCCGUGGAGAUAUUGGAGCUAUCGUCCGUGAAUCGGCAAUGUAUUCUAUUCAGGUAUUGACCAACACCUCGCAACCAGACCUACUUGAAGCUGACCUGAUCCGCUCCGUAUUGCAUGCGGUGGCUAAACAAUCGACGGAACAAAUCCGUCGUAACCGGUUGUUGGCCCCCAACUUCUUUUCUUCUCUCGUCUACUGUGAUCCCACCAUUCCUCACAUUGAGCAGUUGGAAGAAUUGCGUUCCAUCAUUCCACCGCCUCCGCUGGACAUUUCGACCGAGAAGGAAUGUUUCGAUUUGUGGAUGAAGGUGAUGCGACUCGACACUUACCGCAAAGCCGUCAUCACCGGACUUGUUUCCAGCAUCGGCAGUCUCACGGACAGUUUGGUUAAAAGUUACAGCGCUCCAUUCAUGAGUUACCUCCGCCAGUUGGUGGCCGAGAACAAAUUGGAUGAACUGAAUUUGGUCACCCGGGAUAUUCUAAACGUGUUUCAAGAGAAUUUGAAUAGUGUCCGACUGAUGCCGUACAUUUUCAACUUCCUGGACCAUCUCUUGUCGUCCGGAUGUUUGGAUUCCGUUUUCAAAUCCAUGUCACGGUCGCUGUUGACCUUGAUUCGUACUGAGAUGACCAAUGGCGGUAAACCGUUAAAAUUGUUGAUAUCGUCGGUGGAUUUGUACUGUCACCUACUCAGAGGUGAUCAAGUGACGUUCGAUAAAUCAAUCAUUCACCUGUUAAAUCUGCUAGUGAAUCGGUUCCCUCGCGUUCGUAAAAUCACGGCCGUACGAGACGCUGCUGACUCUGACAGAUAUUAGCCCGUCGUUGGCCAAUCACCAAGACGACAUCUUGGCCAUUCCCAGCGACACUGACUGGGACGAAGACGUCGAAGCUUUGAAGCCCGUCAAGACUCAGCUUCGCUCACUUUUCAUUCCACCGACUUUGAAUCCUUGAAAUUCUUAGCCUUUCAUUCAAAUUAUUUGCUUAUUUAAAAUUAAAUAACCACCCAAAAUUGUGUCAUUCAUUUAUGGGAAAUUCAAUUUCGAUUGUUUGGCUGCACUAAA